AACUUGCAGAGAGCAAUACAGCAAAAUUUUGCUCAGUAGUUAUGGCUCAUACCGUCAUUUCAGUCAAACUUCCUCCAAAUAUAGAUCCAACCAAAGCCAGGCUUGCGUAUGGAGACCGGGCACUUCCUAAAUUAGUGAGUAUGAUUAUCUGCAUUUCGAAAUAUCUUCGAUCAAAGGUUCGAAAUUAAUUUGUCACUCUAGACUCAGCUGGAUGUUAUCAGUUUAUCGAACAGAGUCAAUCCCUUUUACCUCUUAUAUGAGAGUUGCACACUGGUGGUCGACAUUUUCAAACAAGACGUCUCUAAUUUGCGAAAGUUAAGCUUUAGUUGUCAAAAUAAUAGUGCUUGAUAACUUAAGUUUAACUUUUGUAUCGUAUAAUUAUAUAUUUGUUAUUUUGCUAUAAUUACACUUGGGAGGUUCGUGCAUUAAACAUUGAUUUCACCUAAAAAAUAUAAAACUUAUCUCUACCAAAAGGUGCAUAUCUCUGUAAUCCCUAUUUGAAAUCAAUCUCUGAAGAUUUGCCAAAUAAUAAUGGUUGACCAAAACGUGCUACCUAAAAUUAAUGAUUUAGCAUUAUUCUUAUGAAAUGCAUCCUUGUAAACCUGGCACACAAAUUGUGGAUACAGUGAUUAAGUGCUUCUGGUGACUGGCAAUUGUACAGUUUGAUUGUCAUACAGGUGCAGUUUCCUCUUUAACUGGACAGUACUGUUUAACUCUUUAACUGUGACACUGAUGCAAGCAUGCCUGUGUGGAGAAAUCUGCACAAGAUCAAUCAGAAGCUCUUUGUUUGGAUUUGAAGUGUCAGGCUUAAGAAGUGACUUUUUUAAAAGUUAUAUUGAAAAUGAAAUUAUUUCAUUUUCACUCCAUUUCGUUUAUUCUUAAUGUAGAAUCGUGAGCUAAACAGCUCAGACCUUUUAACACGUCAACGGGCUCUGAUGUCCCUUUGUGAUGUCAUGCACAAUCCAGAACAUAUAUCUGAAGGACUGCGAGUUGGUGAGAGCAGUAUCACUUAUUAAUUUUUACAUUAAUUUUACAACUGACACCAAAUGAAUGUCAAAAGUCUGUCUUAUUUGAAUAACAAGAAAUACAAUGUAUCUCUUCCCUCAUCUUUUCACUAGGCGACUGACCAGAAUCAUUAUUAAAAUCAUGUGGUAAAAAAUGUGGCACUACUAAUGUGGUGACAGUAUAAGGCUUUGGGACUUUGUGGUUUUCAAUUCAAAAACAGUGAAGGCACAAAUACUUUUGCGAGAGCAAUGAUAGCAUGCACGGCUUUAUAAUUGUGCAAUAAUUCUUCACGAGAUAUAAAAACUAAAUUAUUUCCUAAAUAUACCACAUUUCUACUGUAGGUAUUAGUGCAAGCUUAAAGUUGCUACUCAAAGAUCCCGAUGCUACAGUUAGGCACAAGGCAACUGAAGUCCUCAGUAUCAUUGCAGGUGGUUAUACCAUAUACUAUAUAUGUGUACAUGUUAGGGAUGAAAGUGGGGGCUGGAGAUUUAUCUUGCUAUUAGAAAUUAAUAUUUAAUAUUAACCUUAAAUUGUAGAUACUCAGUGCAUCUACCACACCCGGCUACUUUAUUCAAAUGCUCACCUACUUCAAAAGCAAUUAAGUUAGAGUCUGUAGGCUGUUAUACAAUGUAGGCCUCCCAUGUAGACAGUCAUUCUUUAUCUUGGGGCUUUGUUGUACUAUUCCAUCUUCACCAAACAUCUGUUAAACAGAGCACCUACCUGUACUUUCACUGAAUGUAUUGAAUAGCAGAGAGCCAUUUAUUCUGCUGUAUCAUGUGAGAACUACAUGUUCAUUCAUUAUACAGUCUAACACACCGUAACUUUUCUUUCUCAAAACUGUAGGUCAUGCAGUAGGCAGGGAUGCAUUUCUAGAUCACAAAAUGAUUGUACCAUUAUCAGAACUGGUAAGAUUUAUAUAUUUUAUUUUAAACAGUUGGAAGGAUGAGAGAACUUACACUGUAUUUCAAAAUGUCAUUCCCCUCAAAAGUUGUUUCUUAGAGUUACCUAGGAAAUUUAAAGUGUUUUCAAUAGUGCCUGAGAAAUAACCAUGUGAGACUCAUUAUUACUUGUAACUUUAAGAUGCUGAUCUUUCCAGAUUCCCCUUUGUUUGAUUAGGAAACAAGGUCUGACGGAACUUGACCUUCAUCUCCAGGGGUGCGGGGAAGGGAUACUCUGGAUUUCAAGUGACAGGGAUGAUUGAAUGGGGGCAAAAAUCAAAACCCAAAAGAAUCCCUUGUCCAAGACUUAACCCCCACAAAAUUCCAUGCCGAAUUUCCAGCCAUAAGAAGUUCCAGAAAGCAUUAAAUAAUAUAACACGAAAAAUAAAAACAUUAGUUUUGCAUACCCAAAAAAGUACUUGCCAAAAUUUUCGUAUUCAAAAAAAUUCCAAAAUCGAAAAUUUCACACCAAAAAAAAACCUUUGAUCAUCCCUGUCACUUGAAAUCCGGAGUUUCCCCCACUGGGCCUUUAUCAUCAGUCAAUGAAUUUAGGGUCUUUUUCUACGAGGUACUUGUACAUGUGUUGUGGUUUGUUAAUAUUUUUGGUGUUUUUUGAAAGAAAGAAAAAUAGAAUUGAAGCACGGGUUAAAAUUGAACCGUGACACAUGAAUAAGAGAAUGGGUCACACAUCCCUUGAUCAGUUAACUAAGGAAUUUAAGCCUUUGUAGAGAAACAAAUUUGCCCCCUGUCGUUCAUUAUGCAAUGGAUCAUUUACAUCCAUGUACAUUGUAUGAGGUUUGUUUGUUUGUUUUUAGUUGUUUAGUCUCUGAAAUCCAGUUUUCAUUUUACAAAAUGUAGUUUGAUGACAAUGUAUAUCAGGCAAGAAGAAAUGCACACAAAGCAAUAGAAAUGUGUGUCCACAUGAGUCCUGGCACGGAGGGCGUUGUGGAUGCUAAACUCGUCCCUGUGUUGGUUGGAAAACUCUUAAAGGAGGAGGAUGAAAUAAAGGUAGAUUUGUUGUUCAAUGUAUCAGGAAAAUCCUGAGGGAGGGCCCCCCCUGACUUGGGUUUUUCUGUGUAUGUCACUUUUUCAGCUGGAAAAUGCUAUUUGAACUUUUUGUUCUUCCAACCAAAUUUUUCUGGUUCAUUAAGAUCAUUUUGGGAGGCAAUAGGAUAGGAUAGGAUAAUAUAUUUAAUGUCAAAAACGUACAAACUGUACAUAUAGGAAGUGAUUGCUCAAUCUUCCGAGCCAAAACGCUUGGCAAUACAACAAAAUAACAUGGGAGUCGUACGUAAAAAAUCUACAAAAAAGUUUAACUAUAAAAUUAAGUACAUCGUUAUUUUCAAAAAAAAAUUGAGACAUAUUAAAAACCGAGAUGCAUUGUCAAAAUCUCUAUAAUUAAAAAAGUAAAAGUAUAACUAAAAAGAUAGAUCAUCUUCUAGGGUUAAAAUAGACUAUUCACAAAUAUCAGUUUAUCAAAAAUAAUAAUAUUAAAAAUAUAAACUGGUGCCAAAAGUAUGUAAAAAUAUGUAAACAGGUAAAAUUAUAUGCAGUUCAAGUACCGGUACCCUGUGAACCUAACGUCAAUCAGAUGAGCACGAAAUAUUUUGUACCAAAGUGGUCGAGGAUUUGGUUAUUUACAAUGUAGGCGGUAACUGGUUCCACAUGUGGGCAAUCAUAUACAAAAAGGAGUUGUGCAUGAUAAGGCACAAUAUUAUAUAUUCGGGGUGUAAACACACUUAGAGAUAUAAUUUGGGCCAUCCAGUUUGAAACUCUUCAAAAAUAGAAUUAGCGAUUGCUCGAUACUUUGUACUCUUUUCUCAAGCGUUUCCAUUGCAGCCAUUGCCAGGCAAAAGUCAUAACUGUAAGUUGCCGAAUUUCCCGGAUUCAGUAACGACUUGAUCGCAUAGUGAUUAGUACGUUCGAUGCUAUUUUUCAACGCUUUAGAUAUUCCUAGAAGCAGUGGGCAGCAGUACUCUACAUGCCGUAUCGCGUGUCGUGUCUGUCAGUGUGCGGUUGCCCCUUAGAGGGGUAACUAGUUAGCGCCCCUGUAAUCCUAGACUACGAGCAGCCUCUCUUUUUUCUUAGUCCGUCGAGCAACACGCGCGAGACACCCAACUGACCACGCGCUUGACUGAAGGCGCGAGACGGGAGAGGCACGCUCAAAGGCACGCUCUUUUCUUCUCCGGCUGCCGCCCUCGUUUCGCGCGGCUCGCGGCUUCGCCGCUCCCGCGCGCUUGCACUGCUCUCACUAAAUCUGAAGAAAAAGAGAGACUGCCUUGACCACGUAGUUCUUUUUACCCGGGACAACUUAUCUCCAUAGUCGAGGCCCUUAGUGAUGUAAGGGGUGAAAUUAAUGCUAUCAUGGUGCUGUAACUUUUUGAGUAACAUUAAUGUUUUGCACUGCAGGAGCUGAUCUUAGAUACCCUCCAUUACUGUAUGACGAUAGAGACACAAUCGGCACUGGAAAGUGAAGCCAUGGAAAGUUUUACAAAAUUGCUGUCGCACAAGUCGGAGACAAUCAGAGCAAAAGCUGCUAGAGAUAUCAUGGAUCUAAGGUACAGCUGUAGCAGGGAGCCAUGACUGUAAAGGGCAUUAUAUUUUUUCAUGCAUGUCAACACCAGUCAGGCAGAUUAAUUUAUCUUCCCAAACGGGCUAUUUCCGCAUUGGGACUUAUUUACUUUGUUUUGACUUACAGUAAAAGGAAACUUGUGUUGCUUUAGGCGUGGUAGACAUUUGAAGCGACAAGGAAAGGGGGAAAAAAAAAAAAAACGAAAAUGGACUUUUUAAAGCAAUUUAGUCAGCACAAAAUUUUGUGUUAACACCGUAGUGUUUCUUUUGACCUAACCCCUACAUAUAUCGUUGUGUAUACAAGCGCGCCAUAUGAAACAGAUGUCCUUAAAUUUUAAAUACAUUUUGUAUAAAUCGUAAAAUAGCGCUUACCAAUUGCGUGUCUAAAAAUCUCUGUGGAACUACUACACUGUAAAUUUCAUACGAAGCGGAAAGAGCCACAAAUUUCCAUUCGAGUUUUCAAUUUUAAACAUCAAUUUUGUGAUUGUUUUAAAAAAGAGGUGCAAAAAUGGAGAGUAUACAUGUAUGUGAGUUUGGUUUAUUGACAACUUAGUGGUACAGGUAUUUUCCUGUUCAUUUUGGCAAACAUGCACGGAAAAUACAGAUAAACCUGUACAUGCAUGUCUCGUGAUUUCCACUUUCUUGUCGCCGGAAUAGUAAAUCUUUUUUGUUACGAGAUACAUGUACAACUCCGAAUAUGAAUCCUGUUUUAGCCGUUUGAGCUUACAUCCUGAAGAUUCCGUUCUAUACGUUGGACUGGUGUAUUACGCCAUUACUUUUUUUGCAGUUUCCCAUUAGACGGUAAAGACAAGGCGGUAGAUGUGGGAGCCAUUCCUGAGCUGGUAUUACUGCUAAAAGAUGAUAAUACUGACGUUAGAGCCCAGGCCGCUGGUGCAAUCAUGACGUAAGUCUAACUGAGGUGUCAACAGUUUUCGCUCCCCAUAUUAGGGAGCUUUUGGGCCUGUGUACAUGGCGUUGGGGGACCCCAGGAGUGUCAGGUAUCCCGGGGUACACUUUUUCAUGAUUACUUAAUGGUUGAUAACCACAUAAAACAAAAAUAAUAAUAAUAAGAAAAAUGGCGUGCAAACGACGUGUUUUGGCGGUUUAUGCUCUUGUACUCUCACUUCCUGCUCUUGCUGCGUCCUUGCCAGGAAUAUUUCGUUUAGCCUGGCUAUAUUUCGUUGAUUUUUAAGAGUGUGUCAAGGCAAUUAAAUGAUUUUUGACUUGUUCAGGAUCACAAUUACGACCAAAGGAAAGUAUGCUGCAAUUGAAGCAGAUGCAAUUCCAAAUCUGGUGAAUCUUUUGGAAGAUCCCGAAAGUGAAGUCCGACUUAACGCACUUAAGGUACGUAGAAAUCAAGGGAAGAACCGAGCCUGCGUAGAAAGCGUUACCGCGCGAGUUCGUCUAGAAAGUUGGAACGAGAGCAAAAAAGAGGAAUGAAACGCUUGCUAAGCAGGCCAGCAGGAACAUAGUAUGAGGCGAGGAUUUGCUUGUUUAGUCUUUUGGUUAAAAAUAAAGAGCUUCCAUUCAGCACUAUUUACGUGACUAUAUUUUCUUUGAAAUACGGCCAUUUUUAUCAACACUAAGAAGACGUUUUUGUACGGAUUUCUGUAUAGGGUUUAAGCCUGCGGGCAAGUUCUCCAUUUUGGGGCGCUCUUGCGCGGCUCGUUUCGCUCAGUACUGGAAAUGGAUAUUAUACUGUCGGGCCCAUAGGAAACAAGCUACCGCCAUAAUUUCGGUUCCUGAGUACAUAAUCAGCGAAUUACAUUACAUAAGAUAAACGAUUCGCUUUUGGGAACAUGAGCGAAACUUAAAUUGUAGACCUCUAGACAUGUAGUUCCGCUCUUUGUAACUCAUCUGACUGGAUGGCGUGAUCGUUAGUCAUGCGAAGCGCCUUGUGUCACCCAUCUUCUUCCUGGAAACUCAUAUUUUUCUACUUAUCAGCAGCCUGCGCUAUGGGGAUCAAGGAACAGGGUUCGGGCAAUCUGUUUAGUUUUGACCAACGCGAAAGGCAUACUCUAAGAUCUUUGCUUAUAGGGAGGUAUAUAGGUGCCUGAUGUUGUAACAAGACUUUUUUGUUCUACCUAUUUAGGCAAUAACAACACUUUCAGAAGCUCCAAUAGGGAGAACGACGUUACUGGCUUCAGUUAACCAGGUAAUAGAGUGGACUCAGUAUUAUGGCAUGGAACCACAUAGAAAUCCCUAUAUUUAGUACGCGCAGAUUUAAAAAUACUAGUGCUCAAUUAACGAAAUUUAGGCCAGCAACUUAAAAAGUUCUGCCGCGCCUGUUUUCCUUAAACAGCAGGCGUAAUGGUAACUUUCAUGAUUUCCCUAUCGGCCUUAACUCGGCCUUGCAUCACGCUGUGGGAGGGAAAUGCAUGUGUUGUGUUCAAAAGCGUUGAGAAAUGGAGACUUUGAAAGAAUUAAUUGUUUUCCACCCACAAAUUUCUUUUGGUUUGGUUUGGUUUGGUUAUGUUUUUUUUUAAUUUCCUGUAUGGUGGUAUGAAAGUCAGAAAAGAAACAAAAAGAAUCGUUUCGUCUCGAAUCUAGAACCCAGGAUCUUUGCUUCGGAAAACGGCGCCUUUACUUCUGUGCUUCAAGGUGGCUUGUCGAAGUAUCUUUAGAGGUAGUUAAGCCGCCUUACGGCCCGUUUAUGCGAUUGUUGUUUUCAUUGCGGAAGUACGUGCUAUUGGCCGUUUUAUGCUAAGGUUAAAGUCGACCGGUGUUAAAAAGGGACAAAAGGAAUGGAAAGAACAGAGAUUUUGAACAAAAGACAAAACAGUGACUCCUCCCAGUCGUUUGUGGAAAAGUUGGGGCAUAAAUCCGUCCCCAUUUAAGGCGUCCCGUUUUUAUACUACACGCAUUUAUCUUCUGAGGCGUUAAUUAAAGUCGUCAGUUAAGUGCGGCUGAACGACGCAGUUAAAAGAAGACGUUAAUGGCGUCAGACGUUACACGUCAGACUUUGACGUCUCUAGCAUAAAAACGGUCAUUGUUAGCGGUAACCGCCAAAAUAUAUAGCAUCCAUUGAGGUUAUGAUGUCUUCAAUUUGUGUUUCAGCUAUCCAAGCUUAUUCACGACCGUGACAGCCCAGCUGUCAGGAAAGCAGCGCAGAUUGCUGUUCAAGUCAUUACAUGGAAACCGUGAUCAGAAUGGAGCUGUUUUGAAUUAUUUUUUAAAUGAAAGGAUAAAACUGUAUCAUAUAGGUUCAUUGAACAAUCGUGUAAAUUAUAAUUAUUUCCCCUGUAAUGGAGGAUAACAGUGUUAUUCGUUUAAGACGGCGUAAAAGUACUAUGUUUAAUUUUAAAGUUGUUUCAUUAUAUAUCGUUACUCAAAUCACACUAUUUUAAGAGAUCCCGGUAGUCAAUACUCUCUAUUUACCUCCUUUAAUGUAAAUAUUACUGUACUAGACAAAGCGAGGCAUACUUUUUUUUUUUUUUAUAAAUAAGCAGUGUUUUAUGAAAUAAGUCAC